UAAUAGCUGAAUUUAUACUGUAAUUACUGAUAUUUAUAGGGCCUAGACACCCAGAAAAUGAGGGAAUUCAGAAUGCAUAAUACUCUUUUAUUUCUUAUAAUGGCUUCAAUUUCUCAAAUUGGUUGUAUCUUACUCCAGAGUCAGAUAUAUGAGAUAUUUGCGAAACUACAUAAUGUAAUGACUUCCUAUUUUUAAACUUAAUUCAAUAAUAUGGACGUACCUAAGUACCAUCCGAAAAUGCGGAAAGUGGACUAUGAGGAGCGGAACGGAACCAAGUUCGGUGGGGGGGAUUUCCUAAGUUAGUUGCUUGCCCCACCUGAAAUUCCACGCACCUCAGCUCGAGAGAUCUUUCCGUCAUCCUGGACUCCACCAAAAAGACACGAGCAACUUCAAUAUUCUUCUUUUUAUCAACCGUAGACACGACUACGAGUGGGAAUGCUCCAAGGAAGCAUAGACGUACUGCGAUUAUACCGAGAAAGGACCAGACCCGCCUCAACAAGUUCUUUAGACGGCCUACCAGACUAGAAGAAAGACUAUCUUCACCACGAUAUAACCCCUGCAGCCAUUUAUAUAACGAACGAACAUGGCACAAACGAUGAAGUCCUCCGUACACGUCGGCCCGUCGCCUCUAGGGGGCAAACCAUACGUUUCGAAAUGGUCGUCACGGUAUAGAGGGGCAACAGUCCAAGACCUCGAACCCCCCGCCGCCCUCUCCCUCAACCCCACCGACCCAAUCUCCCUCGCUCUCAUAUCCGCCUUCGAGCGGGACUACACACACCUAACCAUCAUCGACUCCGAGACCCGCGCACUACUAGGCUACAUCGCGAUCCCCGCCCUCCAAGCCCAACUCGACGCGGGCCGUGUGCGUCCCGAAGAUCCUCUCUCAAAAGCGAUGGCACGCUUCGAGCGCAAGGGGAAGAAGUACCGGGUCAUAACCAUGGCGACGCCGUUAGAAGAGCUAGAGGAGUUCUUUGAAGGAGGGACAGGGCAGAAACAGGAGUUUGCUGUGGUUACGGAUGAGGAUCGUAGGUUUGUCCUGGGUGUAGCGACGAGGAGUGAUUUGGAGGAGUUUGUGAAGAGGAGGCCGGCGUAAGGGGGAUUCGUUCACAUAGUGGGAGAUAUUGGGAGUAUUUCAACUGCGCCGCUGUGAUCUCAUAUCAGGAGGGGAUAAUAUAAAGGAACUAAGAUCGGGCAAUUUUUUGAAGGGAAAAUGGCGCUAAAGGACGAACCUGUUUUUGUACGCUGCGCUCAAGAACACUCAAGCGUUCCUUGAAUCGAGGGAUUCAACACCUCGUAGUAGUCAAAUCGACUACACAAGCCUCAUCCAGUGAGGAUCGAUGGCGGAAUCUAAGCACGGGACCAAAUCUCGAGGUG